AGCAGACGAUUUGAAGUUUAGAACGCGCGAAAGUUCAAAAGUUGAGUUGAAAAUAUUCGUCGUCGCAUAAGCCUGGUACAUGACAUAUAGCCUACAUGACAUAGACCCCAGUGCAGCAGUCACGCACAGUCGUAGGCCUAGGCCUAAAUGUUCAAGUGAGUGAAACAGUCCUACCAAGUAGCCUACCAUUAUUGUUUACCUGUGUCAGCGGGAAGACAUUAUUGUCGAAGGAAGGUUUCCAGCUAAUCCGUACGGUGGAGUCCUGAACUUGGACUAGGCCUAGAUUGGAUGUCUGACUCAAGGUUAGGCCUAGCUAAGGCUAAGCCUGUGUCAUGGACGAGAUGUGAAAUUUUUCAGCAAGGCUAUGGGCAAGGGCUCCCUGCAAAAAGACUUUGAAUUUCCAUCUGUCAUCUUGAGCUGUUUUCAGUGCAGUAGUGUUGCUACCCCAGUUCUGACUGACAAGCUUCAAGUCCGAGGUGAAGGCAUGAGAGUGGACGUCAUGAAGAAUGUGCCAGGUGUGACUGUUGUCCAACCCAUCAAGCGUAGGAUAGGAGCUGAGACAGCUGCACCCAGGGGACCCUGUCGGGACAUCACUAAUGUCACAGCAUCAUUGUGCAGCCCACCAAAGCGGGUCAAGAAUGCACCCAUGACAGUGACAAGCAAGGAAAUGGCAGCAUUUUUAAAAAUCUUUGAUGACAGUCUGAUUCGAGAUUUCUUGUGGAUGGACAGCUGUGCUAAAGUAGCUGACAAGUAUCUCAUUGCAAUGGCCUUUGCAUACUUCAAGAGAGCCAACUAUACAACCAACCAGUACACAAGAAUGAACUUCUUUGUUGCUCUGUAUCUUGCAAAUGACAUGGAAGAGGAUGAAGAGGAAUGCAAAUAUGAAAUCUUCCCCUGGGCGCUAGGCCUGACCUGGAGAGACAAGUACCCAAGCUUCCUGAGGAAGCGAGACAAACUGUUAAAGACCAUCGAGUACAGAGCAGCAGUGAGCCGCAAAUGCUGUGAAGAGCUGAUGGCCAUAUCCCCAGAGCACUCCAUCUGGAUGAGGGAGCGUCAACUCCACCAUUCUGGUGCCAUCAGGCAUUAUGAGAACUACGUCGGUAGCGAUGACAGCAAUGAGAACUACCCCCGUGGACCUGGGAUGUCCCCCGUCCACUGUGAGCUGUGUGCCGAGAGCGGCAGCUUCGCCUACUGUUCCCCUGGCUCACAGUUCACCACCAGCCCAAGCUGCCACCUGUACCUGGCGUCUUGCACUGACACCUCCACUGAUAGCCUGGGGGAGGAAACCCCACCCAAACCCUACUCACCCAGCAUGUUUGACAUGCACGGAUUAAAGAGUACUCUUCAGACCGAGCCCAAUGAAGAGGAUUCCUACUUUUGGGCAAGCUGCCACGAGUAAAAGGGAUCCAAAACAAAGCCUCACCACAAUACGCUUGUCAUGCCAAUAAUGAUUAUGCAGUAAUGUAGAUUGCUUUCGCACGUUUUGGCAGUUUCUGGAGUUAACCAGUCUUGAGAGAAAGAGAAAAGUUUCCUUUUUAAAUUGACAGGGCAUCUUGUUUUAAAAAAUGCUCCGGAAAGGUAACUUUCCAAAUUGUAUUGAAAACUUUAUCUAUAGUACAAAUUAUUUCCGGCAACAUAGUCAAGUACACAAGUUAGAAAAAAUGAAUUUCCAGUUUUACAAUAAAACGAAAGCCCAAAACUGGAGUAGUAACUCUUCAAAUACAAAAUGUAUAUUUACUAUUUACUUCAAGGUUAACUGUAUUCAGCUAUGUACAUUCGUAUUUAUUAAUUCUAUUUAAAGUUUAAUAUUUAAAAUGCUAAGAUGCUUUACAGUUGAAGAUAACUUAUUGUUGCUCUGUCCUUGGAUUUAAAUUUGCAUUGUCGUUUUGAAGAAAAAGGUUGAUAUUUAAAAUUUUUGUACAAUAUUUAUAUUCUGUUAAUAUUGGUUUUGAAAUUAGGUGCGUUUGAUUCUGGUUUUUUAAGUUAUAAUCUUUUCAACUUUUAAUUUCAGGAGAAAAAUCGAUUUUUUUUCUGAUUGUCUUGAGAGCCAAAAACAUGUUUUUACUAAAUAAUAUCUUCAGAGAAGUCAUUGUGUAAUGUGAAUUAAAAGGUCUAUUGUUAAUUCUUUUAAGGGGUUUUGGAAUUCAGACCAGCAAUAAAAUCCUAAAGUAACGAAA